GCAACACCAACAGCGCCCGAGUCCAGCAACCGAAUCGUCCAAGCCUCCCUCCAACCACGAACCCGAACGCCAAAAGCCGCACGGGAACACCAAGGACGCGCGGAAGCCGAAGCGAAACUCCCAGGAGCAGCCAGCAGGAGGCGAAUCCUCCGAACCCUAACCUUACCCCCACCCCACUCCUCGCCGGCGAUGGCGAUGGACGCGGAGCGGCGGCAGGCGGAGCUGAUCGGGCAGUUCUCAGCGCAGGCGGCCGCGCUGUCGUCCGCGCCGCAGCUAGCCGCCCUGGUGCUCGAGGCCACCUCCCACCCGGCCCUCUUCGCCUUCUCCGAGCUCCUCGCCCUCCCGGCCCUCACUAAGCUGGCCGGCACACAGUACGCGUCGUCCCUGGACCUGCUCCGGCUCUUUGCCUACGGCACCCUGAAGGACUACAAGAGUAAUUCUGGCUCCCUUCCUGCAUUGUUGCCUGAUCAAGUCCGGAAGCUGAAGCAACUCAGUGUGCUAACUCUGGCUGAGUCAACCAAGGUACUACCUUAUGAUCAGCUCAUGCAAGAGUUGGAUGUUUCCAACGUAAGAGAACUCGAAGAUUUCCUCAUCAAUGAGUGCAUGUACUCAGGUAUUGUUAGAGGAAAAUUGGAUCAGCUGCGAAGGUGCUUUGAGGUACAAUUUGCGUCUGGAAGGGAUCUUACGCCUGAUCAACUGAACAACAUGAUAGAUACCUUGUCUGACUGGUUGGGAACAUCAGAUAGCUUGUUGCAUCAAAUUCAAGAGAAAAUCAAGUGGGCUGACACAAUGAGUGAGGUGAACAAGAAGCACCAGAAAGAAUUUGAAGACAGAGUGGAAGAAGCCAAAAAAUCAAUCAAGAAGUUGAACAAUUUAAGCAGGCAGACAUCGACUUACGGGGGCAUGACGACUUUCUCUCUGAAUCUGGAGGAAUAAUGGAUUUUGAAGAGGACCGCAUCCGGCCAAAAAGGAGGCGACAACCAAUGGCGUAGUUUCAAUUAAGUCUAUCCAUCUCUCCCUGCAUGCAAAGUGUUGAUGCCUUAAUUGAGACAUUUUGACGUCAGAGUUGAUGAAACGUUAUACAUCAGUUAUGGUGCCUCCUUUGAAGCGAGUCUCUGAUUAUUGCCCCCUGGUGAAACUGCUCGUUUUUUUGGUAGAGAUGUACAAGGAGAUUGCUCGUAACGCUGCAUUUAUUUAGUGGUAAAUUGCUGAUGGCUGAAUUAGCGCUAAGACUGGCACAUUAUUUCUUUA